CUCCACUCCACAACAAGUCCAGGCACAAACCACACACAAUUACAUGCUCGACUAUCCAAUCUACUAUGUCUACCUUGCGAGACCGGACACACUGUACUACGACAACGGGAAAUGAAAAAAAAAAAUCCCACUCCCCAUGUCUCAACGGUGGGAUUGCAGGCUGCAGCUGGGCUAGCAAGCUGCUACUACGUAGCCGCCCCAAGGAAAAAAGGGGGUUCGCAUUUUAGCAGCCGUACUACGUAUUGUAGGGUUUGGCGAGAUGAUACCACAUCUGUCGGGAUAUGUCAUCUAUAACCUCCUUUUCGAGGCAGAGACCCUAUUUCAUUGUCUAAAGGCUAUCGGCCUAGGUUUCAGGAUUGGAAAAGCUACUAGCCCUCUGUGAUCUGAUUCAAGAGAAUGCGAUGACUACAAAAGCAUCUUCACAACUGGCGUCAUGAAAGGAUGAGACAGAGCAAACUCC